CGGUUUAUUAGGCUACGCUGUAUCUUGUCUUCCGGUUGCCGUUUCAAUUCGCCUAGCUCCUGCAACUCGCUUUCUUGGUCACGUUAAUGCGCGUCCUGGCUCCACUGGAUCGUGUUGGGGUCAAUGCCUUCCUGCACCAUUUCCCACAGCGGACUCAUCUCACGCAGACGCGUGACGUGCUUGACACACAGGUCCACGGCAUAGUCGAUCUCCUUCUCCGUCGUGAAGCGACCAAUGCCGAAGCGGAUGGACGUGUGCGCCAAGUCCUCGCCCACGCCAAUGGCACGCAGCACGUACGACGGCUCCAGCGAUGCACUGGUGCACGCACUGCCCGAAGAAACGGCAAUGUUCUUAAGCGCCAUCAACAGACUCUCUCCCUCCACAUACGCAAAGGAAAGGUUAAGGUUGCCAGGGUAUCGUUUCUCGAGAUCACCGUUAAGAACAACGUGUUCGAUACGGUCAGUGAUCCCGUGGUAAAGCUUAUCCGACAGGUAGCUGACCCAGCGGUGGUCGUUCUCCAUCUCAAGGGCAGCGAUCUCACACGCCUUACCGAAGCCUACACAGAGCGGAGCCGCUAAGGUACCACUACGCAGACCACGCUCCUGUCCGCCACCCGAGAUAAUAGGCUCCAGACGCACACGGGGACGACGACGCACGUACAUGGCGCCAACGCCCUUAGGACCGUACACUUUGUGGCCCGACAUGGACAUAACGUCGAUGUUCAUGUCGUUCACGUCGAUCGGCAGUUUGCCCAGC